AUGGCUGAGGCGUGUGUUGUGAGGCAGUGCAUGGUACAGCCUGUACUCCCGCCUGCUCAGGACCAAACCUGUCGGCAGGAUGGGUCAGGGUCAGAGGUCAGCAAUGACAUCACAGAGGUGGGCGAGCUGGCUAGGGUCCUGACGACAGCUGACCUGGUGUCGCUAGGGGUGGGGAGCUGCGUUGGCACGGGGAUGUACAUGGUUGCCGGGCUGGUCGCCAAGGAGAUGGCAGGGCUGGGAGUGAUCCUGUCCUUCAUCAUUGCUGCUGUGGCUUCUAUACUGUCAGGUCAGACACACACACACACACACACACACACACACACACACACACACACACACACACACACACACACACGGCUGUGGCUUCUAUACUGUCAGGUCAGACACACACACACACGGCUGUGGCUUCUAUACUGUCAGGUCAGACACACACACACACACACACGGCUGUAGCUUCUAUACUGUCAGGUCAGGGACACACACACACAUAUUUGUGUUUGUCGUAGUUUGACGUGUAUGUGUGUUUAACCUGGGUCAAAUGUGUGUCUCUCCUCCAGGUGUGUGUUAUGCAGAGUUCGGCAUGCGUGUCCCUAAGACAACAGGAUCAGCCUACACCUAUAGCUACGUCACAGUGGGAGAGUGUACGGCCUUUUUCAUUGGCUGGAAUCUGAUCCUCGAGUACCUGAUUGCUACUGCAGCCGGAGCGUCGGCUCUCAGCAGCAUGUUUGACUCGCUGGCCAAUCACAGCAUCUCCAGCUACAUGAUAACACUCCUGGGGACACUCAGAGGCCUGGGUGAGUGAGUAUGUGUAUGUGUUUGUAUGUGCCUAUAAUCUCUCUCCCCCCCUUCCCUUCCCUGCAGGUAAAGGGGAGGAGACGUACUCUGAUGUCCAGGCCAUGGCCAUAUCGCUGGUUGUCACUGUGAUUGUGUGGUUGGGGUUUUGUAACUCAGUGGGGUUGAAUAACGUUCUGAAUGUGAUGUGGUGCUUCCUGGACAUCGCUGGACUCUUCUUCCUGUCCGCUGACAACUGGGAGGCGGGUAACUUCCUGCCUACGGAUGGUCUGGGGUAAGAGAUAUGGUCAGCUAAACACACUCACACACACACACCUAAGCCUCUCUCUCCUGUGAGAUGAAGGGAGUGGCCACCUAUUUCUAUGCCCUCAUAGGGUUCCAAAAAAAGGUUAUUUGGCUGUCCCCAUAGGAGAUCCCUUUUGGGUUCCAUGUAGAACCCUCAACAUGGGUUCUACAUUGAACCCAAAAGGGUUCUACCUGGAACCAAAAAGGGUUCAUGUUAUGAUGAGUUUCUAGGGUAUCAAGUAAUUCAUGAUGCAAGAAGAUAUUUAACACAUAGAUGGAGAGUUCAUUCAAAUAUUUAAUAUGUACCAUGGUUCACAUAACAAAAUGACCAUGCUUUGCCUCUUGCCAUUCGAACUAACUGAACAAAGAAAAUCUCUCAGUUUAUAUAUACAUCAUGUUACACGUUUCUUCAAUAACAUCUGUUAACCCUCAGUGGGCACUCCCUUCUUUGAUGUUAUUACCCUGUGCCCAAGUCAGUAUAUCAUGUCCAUCAAUCAUUCUAAGAUAAACCACCAGUAAGCUCCCUUGACAUAAUGGAAUCCUUGUUAUUCAGACUGUGCGGCUCCCAGUAUCACUUUCUACUAAAUUUAACCUGGUUCCUACGACACUGUGACAAGACAUCAUAACAGUUCUUCAAAGUGUACUCCUAUGGGGACAGCCGAAGAACCCUUUCAGGUUCUAGAUAACACAAUUUUUUUAAAGAGUGUAUUACUGCUAGUCUGAUAACCUGCUUGACUGCAUAUGUCUCUGUACGUGCACUCACGCACACUUCAAUCCUAUUACAGACCUAUCAUGUCUCUCCUUGUCUCCCUUCAAGAUCUCAUAGAGAUGAUGUCUAUAGGAACACUACUGGCUUACACCCUGGUCAGUGUGUGUAUUCUACUGCUCUGCUACCAGCCCGACACAGACACACACAACUUCCUGCCUGGGGAGAAAGAGGAGGGGCCUAAGAAGAAGGAGGGUGUGCUAGCGGAAUGUGAUGACGAAACUUCGCCUACCAAUGACGACCAGAUGUUGAUUGGAGGAUCAGACUCAUCAACCUUUGAUCCAGCUACCAAUCGAGCAGUGUUGCAUGUGAAUCUGACGACUCGGGCAGCUUCCACACCGGCCUUCCUCGCUGUUGAAGAGGGUUCUGGGUAGGGGUUACUCCACCCUGCGUGUCCGCCUGGGGAUUCCCAACGCCUCGGCCCGUACCACCUAG